AUGUUUGGCUUCUUUUUACAAGAUCUUAAUCAACAAUUAAGACAAGCACAUACAGAUUUCAUAUCGACACGGUUGCAUACAAACGACCUAAUAGUGAAAACCUAUCGUGGACAAACAAUGUCACGUACAGAAAUUGAAUUACUUUACGAAGAUAAUAUAAUUACAGACCAAAGAAUUGUAAUAAAUAGUCUAUUUUCAACAUCCUAUGAUCGCUUGGUAGCAUUACACUUUUUACCUGAACCAGAGCAAUUAGAAGAACAAUUAGAACGCGUUCUAUUUGAAGUAAAAAUAGAUGCUCAUCAGCAACAAACUCAUUCAUUUUCUGAUGUUUCCCAAUUAAGUGCUAUUCCAGAUGAAUCAGAAAUAUUAUUUAUGACUGGAACACAUUUUUAUAUAGAUGCAGGUAGUAUAAAAUACGAUGAAUCAGAGAAAGUUUGGAUCGUAAAACUAAAAUUGGCAGAAGACUUUCAUAUGAAACAAGAUAAGGACUUUAUAUAUUCGCUGAAUGAUGACAAAAAAACAUUGAAAAACUGUAUCGCUAUACUUUUGGAUAAUAUACGUCAUGCAUUACCUGAAGAACUAGAUAAAAUAUUUGAUGGAUUAUUACAUAUGUAUCCACAAAAUGCAAAAUGGAUAUCAGCUUUGAAAUUCCAUUGUCUAGCUAAAUAUUAUCAGUAUCCAGACAGGAUGUCAUACACAGAGGCAUUACGCAACUAUAAUAAAGCAUUAUCACUGUGGUCAGAAUGCAUUAACGAUCACAAUGAUAGAUUAAAUCAUGCCGUUGAUAUUGGUAAACUUUACAAAGACCUUGCCUGGUUUUAUCAAUAUAAUAUGAAUGAUAAUCAACUGGCUGAUAGUCAUUAUAAUCUUUCUAUAGAACUCAAUCAACUAGCACAUGCAUCGGCAGCUACAAGUGCUAAUGAACAUAUAGAUUUGCUACAUAGAUUAAGUGAUAUAUAUGAAAAUAAAAUGAAACUGAUCACUAGGGAAUUAAAUCGAAAGCAAGACUAUGGUUUACUGGCCAUCAACUUUAAACAAGAAGAAAUACAAGCCAGAAAGAAUCGAAAUGAUUUUAGUGAUUACGAUCAAAUUAUAAUAUCUACUGGGCAAAUUGCUCGUCUGUAUAAAGCAAUUAAUAAAUAUGAUGAAGCCUUAUUCUGGUAUGAAAAAGUUUUAGAAAUUGAACUACGAGAAGAACCUAUUUGUUACUAUUCGAUUGAUGAAAUUUAUAAAGAAAUUAUUCAAAUUUAUACUGAUCGUCAGAAUCCCGGCGAUUAUCAACUAGUUGAGAAAUACAAAUUAAUGAUGCAUGAAAAUUUAUUGAAAAUGAAUCAUGUUUCAUCAGAAUUCGAUUAUAGCGAUAAAGAUGAGAAAACGGAGAUCACUCGUGGACAUCUCUGA